AUAUUGCUUACACAAUCGAGUCAGGAGUGGGCGGAUUCCAUAAACGAGGAGAGAGAUUAGAGAAAGAGAUCAGAUUCCUUUGGCAUCCUUUACUUCUGCGACGCACGUUCACUAUUCCUUUCUUCUUCUUCGCACGUUCACUAUUUGCCCUCUUGCGCUCUCUCUUUUGGGAAAUAAAUCUAAAAAACAUACAAAUAUUACAAUUGCACAGAAAGAAACGCCAAAAGCCAUCAUUGUAGGUUUUUUUUCUCCUCUCGAUCUCUCCGCCCAAAUCUUGUUUUUGAAAAAUUAACGCACGUUUCCCAAAAGGGGAAACUACCAACCCAUUCCUCUUACCCUUCAGAUCCUUCGAAAGCGAUUCCUCGGUUUUACAUCGUUAAAGCCAUUGCUUCGAAAUGAGCACGGGCGACCUUCUCAGCAUCGAACCUCUAGAGCUUAAGUUUCCCUUUGAGCUGAGGAAGCAGAUCUCGUGUUCUCUUCUAUUGUCGAAUAAAACUGAUAAUUAUGUUGCCUUCAAGGUGAAAACAACAAAUCCAAAGAAGUACUGUGUUCGUCCCAACACGGGGAUCGUCUUGCCUCGAUCCACAUGCGAUGUUAUAGUUACCAUGCAAGCGCAAAAAGAGGCGCCACCUGAUAUGCAAUGCAAGGACAAAUUUCUCCUUCAGAGUGUAAACGUAAAUGAUGGUGCAACCGUGAAGGAUAUAACUGCGGAAAUGUUUAACAAGGAAGCUGGGCAUGUGGUUGAGGAGUGCAAGUUGAGAGUGGUUUAUGUUUCUCCACCUCAACCCCCUUCACCUGUUCCAGAAGGGUCAGAAGAAGGGUCAUCACCAAGAGGCUCUGUUUCAGACAACGGGCAUGUAAAUGCUGCUGAGUUUGCUAAUGCUGCAAGAGCAUUUUCUGAACGGCUUGAAUCUCAAGAUAAAUCUUCUGAGGCAAGAGCUCUUAUAUCAAAGCUGACCGAGGAAAAAAAUAAUGCAAUUCAACAAAAUAACAAGCUACGUCAGGAACUGGAACUCUUGAGGCGCCAAGGCAGCAAACGCAGUGGUGGUGUGUCAUUCGUGUUUGUCAUCUUCAUCGGCUUGCUUGGCAUAAUUAUGGGAUAUCUCAUGAAGAAGUCAUAAGCGUCUGUGUCCUAUCCUCUUCCACAUAUUUUUCCUCUGCUUUCCUUCGUCUGGAGAAGUAUGGUGAAGGAAAAGGGAAGAAAAAAUUGAUGGUCUUGGGCCGGUGCUUCUGUUAAUUGUUUAGCUUUGUGGAAUUAGCAAAAAAACUUGUUUUAAGGGUGGAUCUCUAGUUGCUAGUGGCACUUUUAUUAACAUGCAUUCUUUUUUUAACUUAAAAGGAGUGAAUGGAUCAGCUUCUUCCUUUUUUUCAACCCAUCUUUCCUUUGUGGUUCAAUUGGAGAGACUCGAUAAUGGUAAUACCAGAAACUGUUACACA